CCCUCAUCCCUGACAAUUGUGAGUCCCGGAAGAGCCGGCGCAGAGUGAUCAGGCGCUCCCUGCAGUGCUCUGACCUCCGUCAUUGGGGCUGCACGGUGUCACAGCAGGCUCUGCAUCCAGACUGUGGGGGGCGCUGUCCAAUGGAGGGCUGGAGAAUGAACCAGUGCUGAGAUGGGCUGGUUGCGUCCUGGACUCUUAGUGCCUUGUAAGUCACAAUGGCUUCAGAGAUGGAGAAGGCUGAUGCGCUCCUCCAGACGUUCAGCACCGCGUCCGUGGCCUCCAGUCUAGGAUUGGGCAUCUUCUGCUUUUUGGCAGACAAAGUGCAGCAAGCCCUCUUCAUCCAGCAAAAUGAUUGGCUUCGAGCCCUGGCCGACAAUGCAACCCACGGAGUGAUCGGCAUGUGGUCGUGGGCCAUCGUCAUUGGUCUGCGGAAGAGAAGUGACUUCUGUGAAGUUAUUCUGGCUGGAUUCUUUGCCUGUAUUAUAGACAUGGACCACUUCUUCCUUGCGGGUUCCUUCUCAUUACAGGCUGCUCUACACCUCCCCCGUCGUCCUCCUCUUCAUUGUACAACACUGAUCCCUAUUCUGGCCCUUGCUCUGAAGUUCCUCAUGCAGCUCUUGAGGUUGAAGGACUCUUGGUGUUUCCUGCCUUGGAUGUUGUUCAUCUCUUGGACUUCCCACCACGUCCGGGAUGGAAUCCGCCACGGGCUUUGGCUGUGUCCAUUUGGAAAGACUGGUGCACUUCCAUAUUGGCUUUAUGUGGCCAUCACCGCCUCGCUCCCCAAUCUAUGCUCCCUCGUCAUGUACCUAACCGGGACCAGAGAAAUGAUGACCAAGAAGCACGGAAUCCACAUUGAUGUCUGAAGAAAGGACAUGAUGGUUUAGGGGGAAAAAAAUUACAUUCCAAGAAUCACUAUGAUGGUUUACAGGUCUACAGACGCUCAUUUCAUGACUAUGUAUAUAUAUUUAGAGAGAGAGAAAUCCUGUAUAUUAGCUACUAUAUAGAUAUAGACAGCUUCCCUGUAAGGCCAUCAGCAGAAUACAAGCGGUUUUACAAUAUAUGGAGUCUGUGUCU